AUGAGGGUGAAGAUGUCAGGAGCUGCUGUGGUGGCGGCGCUACUGGUAGUGUUACUGGGGGCGGCGCCGGCGGCGACAGAGGAGCCUGCGGUAGUUCAUGAGGACAACGGUCUGGGCACUGAUAACACCCUCCUGGAUAUGAAGAGUUUGCAAGAGCAGUGCGCGGCCAAGCAGCUGUUGUCUUGUCUGAAGCUGUCCAUGUUCCGCGGGGUGGAGCGUCUGUCUCGUCGCCCCCAGGUGGAGCUCCUCCCUGGGCUGACGGUGACCGGUGACAUGACGUCACUACAGGACCUGUCUCGUGACGUCACCAGUGGUCAGCUGGACGAGGAGGUGCUGACGAGGUCUCUCACCCGCUACCUCAGCUCGCUGAGUCUCACAGUCCGAGUGCUAGACGGCGGGGUGCUCAAGAGGAUCAGAGAGAUGUGCGAGGUCUUCACACUAGCGCCAGACAACAACUCAGUCACAGGACGAAGGAAGCGAUUUGGCUCGCACAUGAUGAUGGCUGGAUUGAUGUCCGGUGGGUCAAUGAUGGCUCUAGCGAUGUCAGCCAUAGCGAUGAUGGCCGGCAAGGCCCUGAUGAUGUCGCUGCUGUCUCUGAUGAUGACCGGUAUGAUGUCCAUGGGGAAGGGCGGUGGUGGAGGUGGUGAGAAGACCACGUAUGAGAUCAUCCAUGGAGGUCACGACAUCAAGCACCGCAGCAUGGAUCCUGCAACAGCAGGGGACUCUACUGGGAUGUACCCUUACUUUGUUCCUCAGCCUCUACGUCGCAACCUGCUUAUCCCCCUCAACAGGCGGAGGCGUUAG